UCUUCUAGAGAGAAGUCUCCCGCCGAACGACUCUCGUCGAUCCAUCCCCGGUUUUUAGAAGAAGAUUCGUCUUGAACGAUGAAGAAGGCUACGCAGGAGCAGGCUAAGGCUUUAACAUUGGUCUUUUGGGACAUCAUCAAGUGUCCGGUUCCAGAUGGUUGUGACCCUCGUGUGGUCCGUCCAAGUAUUAAACGGCUUUUGGAGAAUAAUGGCUACUGUGGUCCUCUCACCGUCACUGCCAUUGGCAAACUAGCCGACGUCCCUAUUGACAUCCUGAGAGAACUCUAUUCCAGUGGAAUCCAUCUUACCAUCGCCCCCUUCGGUUCCUCUGACAUUAGAGGUUUAAUUGAGAUGGAUAAGACAGCUAAUUUUAUGGUCAUAUCCGAUGAUAAAGCCUGCUCUGGUUUAUUACUGACUCUAAAAGCUAUUGGCUACAACCCUCUCAUGCCGUUUCCAUAUGGUUCUCUUGACUUGUUAAUCAUGGAAGAUUCACUGAUACUUGAGGAGGAAACAGGGGAUUCUGCCUUGUGGGAUUGCUUAGUAUGCCUCCAUGAUCCUCCUGCCCACGGCUUUGAAAAUUUCAUCACACAUCUAUCAAGUGGAGAACAUAAAGUGCUGCUGAUGAUGCCUAGGAACACUGGGCCUCGUCCCCCGAUUGAUCUCUCCAGGGUGCAUGUGAAUCACUAUCUGACGGAGCGCGAUCUGAUGCGUCGCAAUCAGCUGUGGGCGGACGAGCGGCCUACACCUUUAUCAACAAGUGUCUAUCAAUUGAAUGACUUGGAGGCUGUAAAGUCCAAGGGUGAGACGUUUGUCUAUUGGGACAUCAAGUUGUGUCCGGUUCCCCCCUACUGUGAUGCUAGUCUGGUCGCUCCGCGCAUCAAACGCUUCUUGAAGGAAGAAGGCUUCUCUGGUCCUCUCACCAUCAUUGCCAUUGGCGUACUAACAGACGUCCCUAUUGACAUCCUGCAAAAAGUCUAUUCCAGUGGCAUCGCACUUCAUAUCGUCCCCAACGGUCCUUCAGACAUCCGGAGCCUCAUUUUUGAUAGGGUCCAUAGAAAUGGACCUCUACGUAAUAUAAUGGUCAUAUCCAAUGACGAAUACUUCCCUAAUCAUUUUGACUUGCUACAUUCGACAGCAUUUUGCAACUUUAAGCUGUUUGAUUCUCUUCCUAUGGAAGGCUCUGGUGGUGAGUGCAGUAAAACGGGUGAAUCUCCGUUCUGGUUUUGCUCAUUAUGCAAUUUCCGAAAUUUUCCUUACCAAGACAUUGAUAGUUUCACCAACCAUCUCUCUGGUACAUAUCAUCAACGAAAGUUGUCUGACCUGUUGAGCAUGAGAAGUGGACAUUGCUUGGGUGCACCACUACGUGAGCCUCUUAAGGAAAACCUGGAGGCUGUAACAUCGGUCUAUUGGGAUAUCAAGAUGUGUCCGGUUCCACCUGGCUGUGAUCCUCGUCGUGUCGGUCCGUGUAUUAAACGGUUUUUGGAUAAUAAAGGCUACUCUGGUCCUCUCACCAUCACUGCCAUGGGAGCACUAGAAGACGUCCCUAAUGACAUCCUGAGAGGAGUCCAUUCAAGUGGAAUCGCUCUUAAUUGCAUCCCCUACGGGUUUUCAAUCUCUCUGGAACGUCAUAUUUAUGAGUUUAUGGAUUGGAAUCCACCUCCAGCUAAUAUAAUGGUGAUAUCCGAUGCAAAACACUCCGCUUCUAAUGAUGUUUUCGGGAUACAGUCGAAGGGAUACAACUUUGUUGAGCCGGUUCCAUGUGAUUCUCUUGAAAGCUUUUUUCUGGCAGGUGAUUCAGGGGCACUUGAGGAUGAUAAGUGCGGUGAAACGAGUUUGCUGGGGUACUUGUAUUGCUGGGUAUGCUGCCGUGAUCUUGAUAAUUUUAAAAAUUUCACCACUCAUCUUACUGGUAGGCGACAUCAACGUAAGCUAGAGUGCAAGAAGAGUGUGGACAUGAAGAAGGUCCAAGGUGUUUUGGUUUAACUAAGAACGAAUUUAGCUUUCUUCAUUCUUCGUAAAAAAUGGUGAAUACUGAA